GAAUUGGGUUCCCUGUUUUGUUUUGUACAGCGGUAAUCCAUCGAAGAACGUCGAGGAACGUUUGUAAUUCUUUUUCAGUACUUCAUACUUUGUAUAAUUUUUCAUCAGGUCGUAUCAACGACCAUCUUCUCUUCCAAGAUGCCUACGAUUGGCAAGAGUUCGAAGAUGCUACAGCACAUCAACUAUAGAAUGCGGUGCUCUCUACAAGAUGGCCGCGUUUUUAUAGGAACUUUUCUUGCUUUUGAUAAACACAUGAACAUUAUUCUUGGAGACUGUGAUGAAUUCAGAAAGGUUAAACCUAAAAGCAGCAAAUCACAAGAACGAGAAGAAAAAAGAGUUCUUGGUUUAGUUCUUCUUCGAGGAGAGCACCUUGUAUCUUUGACAGUUGAUGGACCACCACCUUCAGACGAAAAAGCCAAAUCAUUAGGAGCGAAUGCAGCACCUGGACCUGGUAUGGGUAGAGCAGCUGGACGUGGUAUACCAGCACCUAUAGUACCUACUAUAGCAGCACCUCCAGGUUUGGCUGGUCCAGUAAGAGGAGUAGGAGGACCAGCACAACAGAUGAUGACACCACAAGGCAGAGGAGCACCUCCACCUGGUGUCCCCCCAGGACCACCAGGUAUGAUGAGAGGGCCUCCUCCACGCAUGGGAGGACCACCAGAUCAAGCAGGACAGCAGGGCGGUAGAGGUGGACCUCCACCUGGUAUGCCACAGGGUAUGGGACCUCAAAGUUUAAUGGGUAGAGGUGUACCACCUCCAGGCAUGGUACCUCCAGGAAUGCCACCACCAGGAAUGAGAGGGCCACCAGGACGAAUGCCACCUCCUGGUCUUAUGGGUAGAGGGCCACCACCCGGUAUGCGACCACCACCUCGAUAAGUAAUGCAACCAACAGUCAUCAUCAGCCGCGACCAAUCAUCUCCAUCUAAACGAAAAGGAACCUACAAGUCUUCCAUUGCUUUCAAUUUUACUCUCUGACACUAGACAGUUUUAGUCCUCUAGUGUUUUAACUUUUGAACCAAAAUGCAAACAUGUAUAUUUAUAUCUGUGAUAAUUGUGUAAUACUGCAACACAAACAAGCAUCAAGUCAAAGUUUUCAUUUAAAUCUAUCUAUUAAGUUAUAGUGUGACAAAGUAUGACCACAUUUUGAUGUUUAUUUGCAUACUUCUAUGCACUAAAUUUCUCUACCAACAGAACUUUUACAUGCCUAAUUUGGUAAGACCAGCCAGCUUAACAUCAAAAUAUGUUUGUUUAACAGACAAAAGCCAGUGCAAAUACAUAUGGAGGGUCUUAUUUUAGCACAUGGAGCUGAAAACUGACACUUCAUUUACCGUUAACCGUAGAUAUUACUCAUUUUAGUUUUGGUUAACAAGUCUUUUCUUUUGAUAACAGUAUUGCUAUUCAUCAUAAAAUAUGCCUCAUAUACCAUUAUUUCUCAUGCUACCUUCCAUAAUUUUUUUUUAUUAGUAUGCCUCAGGUUAUUUCUCUAGAUAAAGUUUUUUUUAUUCAAACAUCAUGUACAUAAUUGUCUUGUAAGAUUGAUUUAAUAAAUCUGUACUGUUCAAGAAA